AAAUAACAAGCGUGAUCCUUCAUGACUUAGUUAUCUUAAUUUUAUAGUACUAGUAAUCAUAAUUUAAAAAACUUUAUAAGAUUCUGUGGUUAUUCAAAGGACUUGAUUGUCUCAGAAAUUAGGAGCACGAACGUGGCUGCUCUUUGUGAGAAUAGAAGAUUCCAUUCUCUUAUUCUUCUUCUUCAAGAUGUCAAACCGAGAGAGAAACAAAGCUUUCUUCUUCUGCCACAACAACUUCUCUCUUUCGGCUUGAGUUUGAGUUUCAGAUUGCUAGCAUCUCAUUUUGGUUGGAGUAAAGAUAUACCAAGCGAUGAGUAGUAGAACCGCUGCCGACCAUCUUGCGCAAAGCUGGUCCUGACAUUUCCAAAAUUAGCAACUUUAUUUUUCAUAGAUAAAAGAAUAAAAUGGACGCUUUUUUCAAGAAAUCAAUUAUGCCCCAGAAGCCAGUGCUUAGCAAACUUCCUACGAAGGCCGGCUCUGAUCUUGCUUCUCCUUCGCAACCACAGUCCAUUAUUGCGAUAGCUAUUAGUGGGAGCACCAAAAGCAAUAAUGUAGUUAAGUGGGCGCUCAAAAAAUUUGCUUCUGAGAAAAAUGUCAUUUUCAAGUUGAUUCACAUCCAUCCAAAGAUUACUUCACUACCCACACCUUCGGGGAACGUAGUCUCUAUCGCCGAGGCACCAGAGGAUGUGGCGGCUACUUAUAGACGAAAAGUUAUGGAGGAAACUAAAGAAACUCUUCUAAAACCUUUCAAGAAGAUGUGCGAGAAGAAAAAGGUUGCAGUGGAACUUCAAGUGCUGGAAUCAAAUAGUGUUGCAAUGGCGAUAACCAAAGAAAUUAAUCAGCAUUUGAUCAGUAGGCUUUUCAUUGGACGCUCAUCUGAUAGUGCAUCGUCAAUGAAAUGUGAUAUUACCACGAUGAUAUCAGCAUAUGUGCAAAACUUUUGCACAGUAUAUGUUGUCUCAAAAGGAGUCUAUAUUCUUUCAAAAGAAAAAGUAUCUUCAGACUCUGAGAGGAAUGAAACUUCAAGAGAUUAUGGUAGCGAGAGAACAGAUUCCUCUAGCUGUUCUUCUGGUUCAGGACCUAUCUCAGAUUCAUUAUCAAAUGCACUUAAAUCCAAAUCUCUUACACUGUCCAAUAAGAGAUUGCAACAUCUUCCGACGGUAGUAAGAGGUGUUUCUGGUCGUAUGGAAUCUAGUUCUGCUGAGUCAGAAAAAACUAGAAGUAUGUCUUCGGAUGCUUUAGAGGAAGCAAGCAAGAGAAGUAGCCCUGACACAUCGCAUAAUGUUUCUUGGAACGAACGGUUUAGAGAUUUUGAUGAGAGGAAAUACGAUACGAGUUCUGUUUCUAGCAACCGUGAAUACGGAAAUGUUACUCAAGUUGAAGAUUAUUUCACAAAUCACACGCUCGAAGAGAUUGCAAAGCUGAGAGCUGAACUUAGACAUGCUCAAGACAUGUAUGCAAUGGCUCAAGUAGAGACCUUUGACGCUUCUCGCAAGCUAAAUGAGCUUCAGCUUGAAGAGCUAACGCUGAAGGAGCAUAUUGAAGCAGAAAAGGAUACACAGAAGUUUGAGGAGAAGAGAAGGGAAGAAGAGACAGAAGCUUCACAAAGAAGAGAAUCCAAAGAGAAGGAGAAGAAACUUGAAGAAUGUUCCAUUGUAGCUCCUAAGCUACAAUACCAAGAGUUCACUUGGGAAGAAAUCAUCACGGCAACUUCAUCAUUCUCUGAAGAUCUAAAGAUUGGAAUGGGAGCUUACGGGGAUGUUUACAAAUGCAAUCUUCAUCAUACAAUCGCUGCUGUCAAAGUGUUGCAUUCCGCUGAAAGUAACCUAUCCAAGCAAUUCGAUCAAGAGCUCGAAAUCUUGAGCAAGAUCAGGCAUCCACACUUGGUUCUCCUUCUAGGAGCAUGCCCUGAGCGUGGAGCUUUAGUUUAUGAGUACAUGGAAAACGGUAGCUUGGAUGAUAGACUGUUCCAAGUCAACAAUAGUCAACCAAUCCCAUGGUUUGUCCGGUUUAGAAUCGCUUGGGAAGUAGCAUCAGCGCUCGUCUUCCUCCACAAAUCAAAACCGACACCGAUCAUCCACCGUGAUCUUAAACCGGCCAACAUUUUGCUUGACCACAACUUUGUCAGCAAAGUAGGAGACGUAGGUCUCUCCACAAUGAUCCAAGUCGAUCCUUUAUCAACCAAAUUCACAAUGUACAAACAAACAAGCCCCGUGGGAACAUUAUGCUACAUCGAUCCUGAAUAUCAACGAACCGGGAUGUUAUCUCCGAAAUCAGACGUUUAUGCUUUUGGAAUGAUCAUUUUGCAGCUUCUGACAGCUCAACCGGCUAUAGCACUAACUUAUACGGUAGAAAUAGCCAUGGAGAACAACGACGACGAGGAGUUAAUACAGAUUCUUGAUAAGAAAGCGGGCGAUUGGCCAAUCGAAGAAACUCGACAAUUAGCAGCUUUAGCCCUCUAUUGUACUGAGAUCCGUGCUAAAGACAGGCCUGAUCUUGAGAAUCAGAUUCUUCCAACGUUGGAGACCUUGAAGAAGGUAGCUUAUAAAGCAAGAAAAACGAUUUCCGAUGCGCCGAGCCAACCUCCAAGCCAUUUCAUCUGCCCAUUACUUCAGGAUGUGAUGAAUGAGCCAUGUGUUGCGGCUGAUGGGUAUACUUAUGACCGGAGAGCCAUAGAGAAGUGGAUGGAGGAACAUCGUACUUCUCCGGUGACUAAUUCUCCGUUACAGAACGUGAACCUUUUGCCCAACCACACUCUUUAUGCAGCCAUUGUCGAAUGGAGACGUAGAAGUAAGUAAGGCAAACAAAAAAAUCGUGCUUCGUUUUUGGUGCCUAAUUCAGAGCAUUUUCUUGCUUUCUUUGUAUUUUCCUAAUUUCCUUGCAUGGUAACUUGAUUAUCUUUCAUUUUGCGCUGUCUUGGCUCAACAAUAUAUAAUUCAUUUCUCCAGCAAGUUAGUAUAAGAUCACACCUCCGGUCUCAACAAAUAGAUCGUAACUAUAUUUGUACAUGAUUACUUAUCCAAGGAUCAAAAGAUUCU